CGUUUCUUGUUAAUGUUCAUAUUCGCAUUGGUCGGGGAUACCGCUUUUUCCUCACUUCCCAGUUCCCAACGCAUAGAUGCUCUAUUUUACCGGGAACCUCAACCAACCACAUAUCGUCUCUUGUACGCACACCUAAUACCACACCCGGGACAGAGGGAGAGACCGGGGGAGAGAGUAAAGCCGACAACGUUCUUCUGGCUUGUAGCAGAUGAGCUUCACCGGAGACCUUCCCUCUAGUGAGUCAGAAGACGCCGACGGUGGCCGCACGGUGCUAGUUGGGGUGAAGUUGGACGCUCCGAGCCGUGAAUUGCUGACGUGGGCUCUGGUCAAGGUGGCCCAUCCCGGUGACCAUGUCAUUGCCCUUCACGUCCUAAAUUCUUCAACCGAGGGCACGUCCUCGCUUAUCUCGCUCGUGAAGACGUUUGAUUCUGUGCUCUCUGUAUAUCAAGGCUUCUGCAACUUAAAGCAGGUUGAUCUGAAGCUGAAGGUCUGUAGAGGCUCAAAGGUCCGGAAAGUUCUUGUCAAGGAAGCGCAAUUGUGCGGUGAGGCUACGGUGGUUCUGGGAACUUCUAAAACACAUCGCAGGAUCCGGUCAUCGGCCUCCGUCGCUAAGUACUGUGCCAGAAAAUUGUCCAAAUAUUUCACCGUUUUCGGCGUUGACAAUGGCAAAAUUUUGUUCCAGAGAGUGGCUGCUGCUACCAAUUCCAAUAAACCGCGAGGGCGAGCGAAUUUCGAUGGUGGUCACUGUUUGGAAAAAUCCAGCUUAGUUUGCUCGAGUUGUGCACCGGAUGCCGGAUUGCCGGAGAAUUGUGGAACCCAAUCGACGGAAGAGUUAUCUGGAGAUGGUGACGAGGACAAUUCGUUGGCUUUGGUACCAUAUAGAUCAUCUGAGGCCAAUACAGAUUCUGGUUACGUUGUGAUUCAAGACUCAACGGAGUUGAAAUCCAGGUGGUCAACUCUUCGACGGGUGUUUCGACCCAAGCGGCAAUAUGUGGAGAAAUCUGUGAAAAGGACUUCUGUGCUUCAUUGGUUGUUGAGAUUACCAAGCUGGGAUUCUUUAGCUGUGGUGGAUCCUGAUCAGAGGAGGAGUAAUUCUGAUCAGGAUGAUGAUUAUUGUUCCUCACUUGAUGAAGAGAGUGGGGCGAUCGUGCCAUUCGGAUCUGCUGCUGUAUGUCCUCCUCUUUCCCCUUUCAAUGGCUUCGGUUGUCUUCCUAACGAAUUACUUGGUUUGCGUGAGAAAUACUCAUCCAGCUGCAGGUUGUUUACCUACCAGGAACUCUUGUCGGCAACCUCUAAUUUCAUUCCCGAGAAUAUGGUUGGUAAGGGUGGUAGUAGUCAUGUUUACAAAGGGUGUCUUUCUGAUGGCAAGGAGUUGGCAGUUAAAAUAUUGAAGCCAUCUCAAGAUGUGCUAAAAGAGUUCGUUCAAGAAAUUGAGAUCAUCACGACUUUACAUCAUAAGAACAUAAUCUCUCUUUUUGGGUUCUGUUUUGAGGACAAUAAUUUGCUAUUGGUCUAUGAUUUUCUUUCAAGAGGAAGCCUAGAAGAAAAUCUCUAUGGUAACAAGAAGGGUGGAAAAGCUUUUGGUUGGCAAGAGAGAUACAAUGUGGCUAUGGGUGUUGCUGAGGCUUUGGACUAUUUACACAACGGCUGUGUGGAGCCUGUGAUCCACAGGGAUGUGAAAUCCUCAAACAUCCUUCUUUCUAUGGAUUUUGAGGCACAGCUCUCAGAUUUCGGACUUGCUAGUUGGUCUUUGGCUACCUCCAAUAUUACUUGCACUGACGUUGCAGGAACCUUUGGUUACUUAGCUCCAGAAUAUUUCAUGCAUGGAAAAGUGAGUGACAAAAUUGAUGUUUAUGCAUUUGGCGUCGUAAUUCUUGAGCUUCUUUCGGGUAGAAAGCCUAUUGACAGUACACAUCCAAAGGGCCAGGGGAGCCUUGUAAUGUGGGCGAAGCCGAUUUUGGACAGUGGGAAGGUUUCCCAAUUGCUAGAUCCAAGCUUGGGAAGCGACUAUGACCAUGAUCAGAUUGAGAGGAUGGCAUUCGCUGCAACCCUUUGCAUUAGACGCGAACCUAGAUUACGGCCUCAGAUAAGCCUCGUUUUGAAGCUUCUUCAGGGUGAUGAGGAAGUGAUGAGGCUGGCAAAGCAGCAACUUUGUACGUCAGAAGUUGAUGCCUUAGACGACGGGGAAGCAUUUUCUACUAACAUCCAAUCCCACCUUAAUGUUGCAUUGCUAGACAUAGAGGAUGAGUUGCUUUCUAUUGGUAGCAGUGAGCAAAGCGUUUUAUUAGAUGACUAUCUGCAAGCAAGAUAGGGGGCAGAUGUCAAGCUUUGACUGAGCUUAUCAGCAGAGGAAUGCAACCAUGCAAGCAGGAGCAUUGUCCUUUUUGUGCGUCUUUUUGUUUUCUUUUUACCCGUGUAUAUGCUGUAGUGUUUAUGCAUAUCCAAUAUUUAGUUCAGUAAGACUGGGUCUCGGUAGAGGAGGUUGUUUGCCCCCCAUCUUGACUUUGCAGUUAUGUCCCAGUCAUUGUCUUAGGUUGCUUUUGUGUUCAAACUUUUGGGUCUGUUUAGUUGAAUAGAGUAUCCGCUUGUCUGUUGAAAUAA